CUUUGAUCGUGCGCAGCGAAAUAACCAAGCUUUUGAUUUCUCCAAAAGUUUAAAAACAUUCAUCUUGUUCUCUUCUUCUUUUUUCACAUCUGGUAUAUUAUUAUUAUUUUUUCCCCGUGACUCUUAUAUUUUAUUUUUUGGCACAUUUCGAGGCUCACAGGGCAUCUUGUAAGAUCCAUCUUUCUGUCGGGCAUUAUUAACACGCUUUCUUGGGCACCACACGAUGGCGGAGCACAAUAUCGUUGUCUUUGCGGGAGACCAUGCUGGUCCUGAGGUUGUUGCUGAGGCGAUCAAGGUCCUCAAGGCAGUUGAGCAACACAGCCCCAGUGCCGGCAAAUUCAACCUACAAGAGCAUCUCCUGGGAGGCUGCUCAAUCGAUGCGACCGGCUCUCCCUUAACAGACGAGGCUCUCGCCGCCGCCAACGCCGCAGAUGCCGUCCUGCUCGGCGCCAUUGGCGGUCCCAAAUGGGGCACCGGCGCCGUCCGCCCAGAGCAAGGUCUGCUGAAGCUGCGCAAGGAGAUGGGCACAUACGGCAACCUGCGCCCCUGCUUCUUCGCCUCCGACGCCCUCGUCGAGUACUCUCCCCUCAAGGCCGAGGUGUGCCGCGGCACAGACAUCGUCAUCGUCCGGGAAUUGACGGGUGGGAUUUACUUUGGCGAGCGCAAGGAGGACGACGGCUCGGGCCAUGCCUGGGAUACCGAGCCCUACUCCCGGGCCGAAGUCGAGCGCGUGGCUCGCUUGGCCGGCUUCCUGGCCAGAGGUCGUGGCGACACCAAGGUCUGGUCGCUGGACAAGGCCAAUGUGCUGGCCACUAGCCGGCUGUGGCGCAAGGUCAUGACGGAGACGUUCGCCAAGGAGUUCCCGGACCUGACGCUCGAGCACCAGCUCAUUGAUAGUGCUGCCAUGAUCCUGGUCAAGAACCCUCGCGGCCUGAACGGCGUGGUUGUGACGAGCAAUCUGUUUGGUGAUAUUAUUAGUGAUGAGGCCAGCGUGAUUCCCGGCAGCAUUGGCUUGUUGCCUAGUGCUAGCUUGAGUGGCAUUCCUGACGGGAAGAGCAAGUGCAAUGGCAUCUACGAGCCUAUCCACGGAUCUGCUCCCGACAUUGCCGGACGUGCAAUUGUAAACCCAAUCGGAACUAUUCUCUCUGUAGCAAUGAUGCUGCGAUAUUCGCUCAACCUGCCCAAUGAGGCCAAGGCCGUUGAGGCAGCCGUCAAGAAUGCUAUUGACAGCGGCCUGCGGACAAAGGACAUGGGCGGCAAUGCUGGUACCAAGGAGGCCGGUGAUAAGAUUGUCGAGGAACUCGUCAAAGUCCUCAAAGCAUGAAUUAUACCUAACGAGAUUAUGAAAACGUAAAAGGAGGCAUAAAGACAAAAGGAUUCCGACUGCAAGAGUUGGAUAGGAAGUAAUGGCGUAUAUCAAUUUAAUCCAAGUGUAUAUAUAAUACACAUCCUGGUGCACUUGGUUCCAAC